GGCGCAGCCGCUUCCCGCCGCCGCCGCGGGCCGGGGCGGCCGCAGGAGCAGCAGGGGGAGGAGCGACAGCCGCCGAGUUCGCCAACCGGAGGAGGGGGAGGCGGAGCUUGGGUCCCUGUAGCAGCCCGAGGCGCAGGCUGGACUCUAGUUUCCCGGGAGAGCCGAGAGCGGGAGCUCGAGCGGAGCGGAGCGCGGUCCCCCGAGCAUCGGCUCCAGCAUCCCGCCGGGGGUUGCAGGUGUGCGGGAGGCUUAAGCACUCCCAUCAUGGCUUUCCUCGGACUCUUCUCUUUGCUGGUUUUGCAAAGUCUGGCUUUAGCGGCCACUUUCCCUGAUGAAACCAUUGCUGAGUUGUCGGUGAAUAUGUAUAACCAUCUUCGAGCCACUGGGGAAGAUGAAAAUAUUCUUUUCUCUCCAUUGAGUGUUACCUUCGCUAUGGGAAUGAUGGAACUUGGGGCCCAAGGGUCUACCUUGAAGGAAAUUCGUCAUUCAAUGGGAUAUGACAGCCUGAAAAAUGGUGACGAAUUUUCCUUCUUGAAGGAUUUUUCUAACAUGGUAACUGCUAAAGAGAGCCAGUAUGUGAUGAAAAUUGCCAAUUCUCUCUUCGUGCAAAAUGGAUUUCAUGUCAAUGAGGAAUUUUUGCAAAUGCUGAAAAAAUACUUUAAAGCAGAAGUGAAUCAUGUGGACUUCAGUCAAAAUAUAGCCGUGGCCAACCUUAUCAAUAAGUGGGUGGAGAAUAACACAAAUAAUCUGUUGAAAGAUUUGGUAUCCCCAAGAGAUUUUGAUGCUGGCACUCACUUGGCCCUCAUCAAUGCUGUCUAUUUCAAAGGGAACUGGAAGUCACAGUUUAGACCUGAAAAUACUAGAACCUUUUCCUUCACUAAAGAUGAUGAAAGUGAAGUCCAGAUUCCAAUGAUGUAUCAACAAGGGGAAUUUUAUUAUGGAGAAUUUAGUGAUGGCUCCAAUGAAGCUGGUGGUAUCUACCAAGUUCUAGAAAUACCCUAUGAGGGAGAUGAAAUAAGUAUGAUGCUGGUAUUGUCCAGACAGGAAGUUCCGCUGGCAACUCUGGAGCCAUUGGUCAAAGCACAGCUGAUUGAAGAAUGGGCAAACUCCGUGAAGAAACAAAAAGUGGAAGUGUACCUGCCCAGGUUCACAGUGGAGCAGGAAAUUGAUUUAAAGGAGGUUUUGAAGGCUCUUGGAAUAACUGAAGUUUUCAUCAAAAAUGCAAAUUUGACAGCUUUGUCUGAUAACAAGGAGAUUUUCCUUUCCAAAGCAAUUCACAAGUCCUUCAUCGAGGUUAAUGAAGAAGGCUCAGAAGCUGCUGCAACCUCAGGAAUGAUUGCAAUUAGUAGGAUGGCUGUGCUGUAUCCUCAAGUUAUUGUGGACCAUCCAUUUUUCUUUCUUAUCAGGAACAGGAGAACAGGUACAGUCCUAUUCAUGGGACGAGUCAUGCAUCCUGAAACAAUGAACACAAGUGGACAUGAUUUUGAGGAACUUUAAAUCAUUUCGUAUGCAAAAGAGUAACCACGCACUAUGUUUGCAACUGGUAUAUUUAAGAUUUGUGUUUUACACUAUAUCUUAUGAUAAUAUUUAAAAAUAGUUCCAGAUAAAACAAUGUAUGUAAAUUAUAAGCCAACCUGUCAAGGAAUGUUAUCAGUAUCUUCGAGGUAAUAGUCCUGUGGUGUCGUUGUGUUUGUUGUGCUGGUAUUUAAAAUAAAAGUACAUAUUGAUCAUG